CAUGUUUGCUGCAGCACUAUAAGAACUACCGGUGAAUUUCUGGAGGAGCAACAAUAAACACUGCUAAUAGGAUACUAGGCAAACAAUUUGUGGAACAGAAUUGCAACUUUAACUGUAUUUACAGUUAGUUACAAGGUUGGGAGAUUGUGCAAUAGUUGGUAUUAGUAAGUUAACUCGUGAUUGUAGUGAGAAGAACUGGUGAAGAAACAAAACUUCAACCAUGGAGGAGGUAGAGAACUAUACCAGUCUACACGAGUUUACUGAGGAUAUGUCCUGCAGAGGAAACAAGCCUAUCCUCAACAACCACAAUGCCCAGGAGCUGAAGAGGGGGUCAGAGUGUCUCAGAGGUCAGACUGCCCUCUUUGUGCUGAUUGGUCUAUUGGCAUCCAUCUGUGCCAACAUCGCUCUGAGCGUACUCUUGUUUAGCAGGCCGUUACCCAGUGUUCCCCUGGAGGCAGCAUCUCUGACCCUGAAGCUGAACUCAGUUCGAGGACGAUAUGUCCGUCUCUGUGAUGACUACUCCAAACUGGGCCAGAGCUGCUCAAAGACAGUAAAGAAGUGUAGGGAGUGUCCUGAGGGCUGGAUUCAUGUAGAUGAGAAAUGUUACUCCUUCAGCAAUGACAAGAUGGACUGGCCGAGCAGCAGAGACAGUUGUACUUCCCUGGGCAGCCACCUUACCAUCCUGCACAGCAAGGAACAGCAUGACGCUCUGGAAAAAGAGGCCCGGAGGAUUGGCGGGUUUGACUACCACUUCUGGAUUGGCCUAUCAGAUAGAGAGAAGGAAGGGGAUUGGAGAUGGGUGGACAACACAACACUGACAAACAAGUAUUGGAAUGAGUAUAGCUCUGAGCCUGACAAUCACCAGUCAGGAGGAUCACAUGGGGAAGACUGUGCCACCUUGGACAGCCAUUCGCAGACCUGGUUUGACGUGCCGUGUGACAACAUCUACAAACGCAUUUGUCAGAUGGAUGCCAUCCGGCUAGACUGAAUCACAGGACUAAAACGAAGCCAUGAACUUCCCGCUCAUCUCGAUCUGCCAUCCACGUAUUCAUGAACGAUGGCAAUGUUGUCUUAAAUAGUUGAUCCUUUUUCUGUCCUUCAAGCGAUUUGAGAUGUUUUAGUGCAAAUGAAAAGCGCUAUAAAAGUGAAAUCACAGUUUUUACUGGAAACAUCCGAACUGGGAACUGAACUCGGUUAUGGAUCAGAUUUAUUCACCUACACUGCCAAGUGUGCGUAUUACUUAGUAUUUUCUCAGAAACCAUAAAGCAAAAUGGCACCUUCUGCAAGGAGAAUUUAAAUUCAUGCACUCAAUUUAGUAAAUCAGUUACUGCAAUCAAGGAGGUAGAUGCUCUAAUCAACUCUGCUGCUUACCAAACGGAUUGCUGUGAUACUUUUGAGCAAUCUGCAUGUUUUUUGUUUUGUGUGUGACCUGUACAGAAAUCUCCAAAAUAUACUGUAUUGCUGCACUAACCAUGAAAAUGUAUUCCUGAGAGUUAAUGUGUCAAUAAAAACUGUAUUUUCAAAUGAA